UGCAAAGGAAAGAUAGGCCAGGCCUGGCAGGCCUCUCGUGUGGGAUGAGCUGGCUGCUGCGCCGGGCUGUGUUUGCGCUCAUGGGACUGCUCUUUGCCAGAACGAUGGCCUGGACGUCGAGCGGGAAGACGCACCCCGAGCUGGUCAACAACCUGUACAAAAAAGGCAUAAUUAAAUCCCAGCGGGUCUUUGAUGUAUUGCUGGCUACUGACAGAGGUCACUACAUCAAGUAUUUCCCAUACAUGGAUUCUCCUCAGUCUAUUGGGUACAAGGCUACAAUCAGUGCACCACAUAUGCAUGCCCAUGCCCUGGAGCUGUUGAAGGACCAGCUUGUGGAAGGUGCCAAGGCACUGGAUGUUGGAUCUGGAAGUGGAUAUCUCACAGCUUGCUUUGCCAGGAUGAUGGGCCCAACAGGGAAAGCUGUGGGUGUCGAACACAUCAAAGAGCUGGUACAUGAGUCCAUCAGAAACGUCCAAGAAGAUGACCCAACUCUGCUUAGCUCUGGCCGUGUGAAACUUGUGGUUGGAGAUGGCCGGCAGGGGUACCCCGAAGAGGCUCCUUAUGAUGCCAUUCAUGUUGGAGCAGCAGCAGCGACCGUACCCAAGGAGUUACUGAACGAAUUGAAGCCGGGGGGCCGGCUGAUACUGCCCGUUGGUCCCGAGGGUGCAAACCAGGUCCUGAUGCAGUACGACAAAACCAGCGACGGGCAGAUCGUCGAAACCCAGCUCAUGGGGGUCAUCUACGUUCCUCUGACAGAUAAGGAAAAGCAGUGGCCUCGGGAUGAAAUCUGACGGAUGGAUAUAUCUAGAGUCACCUCAGAAAGCUCAUGAAAGGGACUUGAGACUGUAGAUGUACAUGUGGUGGUGUCUUUUUUGUUUGGGGUGUUUUUCUGGAAAGUUUAUCYGUGGACACACUGGCAAAGGCAAGUUCUGCUUUUAAAGAGCUGGUUGCAGAAGGCUGGAGAAAGGGCAUUUCUGCCAAGCCCACGCCUGCUUCCACACCGAGUUGAUUCGGGGAAGUCCAGAAGUCCUCGUCUGAUGAGUUACCAGUAACAGCUCUUUGCAGAGAGUUUCCAAACUGGACUGAGAUACUUAAAACUUCAAAACUUGUACUUAAACUUUAAAAUAGUGACUGCUUCAC